AUGGUUCGACUGUCAGCGCUGGUGCUAUUGACGCUUAUCGGUAGCGGCAUUGUCUUCACGAAUGCGAAACCUUGUUCCACGAAGGAGCUGAGCGUUUUCAACGAGGUGUCUGGUCAAGUGAACAAGUGCGUUCAAGACAGCAAGCUGAACUUUCAAAUUCCUCCACGCUCGAGCCUCUUGAUGGCCCAACAAUCAGCGUUGUGCAAGUCUGAUGCCUGCAAGGAUAUGAUCGGUGCCAUGGACGACCUGGAUAUCCCAAACUGCGAGGCUGUCUUUGACAAGAAGAACAUGACGCUGCAGAGGAGCCUCGAUACGUUCGUGUCGUCGUGUGACACGACUACGCCAUCUCCGUCUCCGAUCAAGCGGCGUAAAUCACUCGAGUCAUCAUCGUCUGAAGGCUCCGACGUCGGUUCAAAGAAAACCCGCGACAUAAACCCGGCGACUGCAGUUCCGUUCGGAACGGCGCAUCAGCUCGUUGUGCUCUUGGUUGUUGGCGUUUUGUCACUGGGACUUGUGCUUCCAUGA